AAAAAAGAUGAUUCUAGCUAGGGCAACGAGGGAGAGUGAGGGAGAAGGUGAGGGAGAGAGAUGGGCGAAGACGAUGAUAGGGGUUUGCUGUGGAGGUUGCCGGUGAUGAAGAUGCAGGACCUCGGCAAGCUUGGCCCUGGGUUCGGAAUCGGCGCCGGCUGUGGCGUUGGCUUCGGGUUCGGCCUCUUCGGUGGGGCCGCUUUGGGGGCUGGGGUCCCCGGUUUCAAAAUCGGGUUUGGACUUGGUGCUGGAUGUGGAAUUGGUAUGGGUUUUGGCUAUGGUGCUGGGAGGGGAAUUGCGUAUGAUGACAAACAGAAAUACAGUAAUGUGGGAAAGCUAUUGGGCGGCGGACCUUGGAAUCGUGCAAAUCUGGAAGGAAUGGAGCCAAUGCUUGAUGAGUUUUUCUUGAACACCAAGAAGCUGAUAAGAGCUGCUAAAAGAGAAAUGGGAAAGUGGAGGUGAACUAAGGCCAAAGGACAGCACUCCGUUGAUGCACUACUAGUGACAUGUACUAAGCUUUCAUAUUUCAUAUUAGGAUUGAUGCAAAGUCAAAACAUUGCUUUUGAAUAUGAUCAAUGUCUAGGUAUGAUAAUCUUUUCAUUUCAUGAAACACUGUUUAGGUCUUAUGUUUUUUGAUUGAGAACCUUGUCAAGCUAUCAGUGUCUCGAGACAACUGACUUAACUGUUGAAAAACGUCAAGUAUAUGUUGAAUCAAAUAUUUGUACUAUGUUGAAAAUUCA